GGGCCAUGCGCCGCCGCCUCUGGCUUGGCCUGGCCUGGCUGCUGCUGGCGCGUGCGCCCAGUGCUGCGGGGACUCCGAGCGCCCCAAGGAGGCCGCGCAGCUACCCGCACCUGGAAGGCGACGUGCGCUGGAGGCGCCUAUUCUCCUCCACCCAAUUCUUCUUGCGCGUGGACCCCGGCGGCCGGGUGCUGGGCACCCGCUGGCGCCACGGCCAGGACAGUGUUGUGGAGAUCCGCUCUGUCCACGUGGGCACCGUGGCCAUCAAGGCUGUGCAUUCAGGCUUCUACGUGGCUAUGAGCCGUCAGGGCCACCUCUAUGGGUCGCGGGUCUGCCGUGUAGACUGCAGGUUCCUGGAGCGCAUCGAGGAGAACGGCUACAACACCUACGCCUCACUCCGCUGGCGCUACAGGGGCCGGCCCAUGUUCCUGGCACUGGACGGACGGGGGGCUCCCCGGCAAGGCAUGCGCACACGGCGGCAUCACCUGUCCACCCACUUCCUGCCCGUCCUGGUCUCCUGA